AUGCCAGCAAAGGAGUUGAUCAAUCCUUGCAUGGAUUGCAAGGACGCUGAAUUUGAUAUCACUGUCCGUCAGAGAAACCUUUGCAAGUCUUGCUAUAAGUACUUCAUUGCCCACAAAGUCCAUGCGCGCAUGAACAACUACAAACCCCUUGGCUUGAAUAAUCCCCGCCAUCAACUCCUUCUCCCCUUGUCUUUCGGCGUUUCCUCCUCGGUUUUAUUGCAUAUAUUGAAUGCCGAUCGCCAGAGACGUCUGGAUAAUGGGCGCCUUAUAGGCUACGAUUUCCAUAUUCUCAUCGUUGAACCAUCCUCCAUUACGGCCACAGGUGCCUCGUUCGAUCAAAAUUAUGAAGCGAUUCAAAAGACCUUCCCAACCUUCAACUUUAGCCGGAUACCCUUCCACAGCAUCUUCGAUCAUGCCCCGGAGAUGGAAGAGAUAAUGCGGGAGUAUGCGGGACCUCAAUUCACGGAUGAUAGCUCCCUGUCGAAUAAGGAGCGUUUGGCUGCCUUCCGUGCAUCUAUCUCUACAGCCACCUCCCAGACCGACAUCGACACCAUCUUGCUGACCAGGUUGAUCGUUGCAUUCGCGAAGAACUUGGAAUGCAAGUCUGUGAUUUGGGGUGAUUCGGAUAGUCGCCUUGCCGCGAAAGCACUUGCAGGUGUUGCCAAGGGACGCGGAGCUUCGCUCACUUGGCAGGUAUCUGACGGCAUGUCUCCUUGGGGCUUGAAAUUUGAAUACCCGCUCCGUGAUAUCUAUAAAGCCGAGUUGCUCCAGUAUAUGAGUCUCUGCCCAGAGCUUUCUGAUAUAAUCAUCCCCGAUCAGGCACCCUCAGAAAAUGUUCUCACCAAGAACCUUUCCAUUGAUGAGCUGAUGCUGCGUUAUGUUCAAAAUCAGGGCGCAAAAUACCCGGGUGUUAUGGCGAAUGUUGCCAGAACGGCAAAUAAACUUGAGUCCUCUACUUCUGACGCUGCAUCCACAUGUGCAUUGUGUGCCGGUCUCUUGGGAAAUGUCAAGGGCAAUACCGGUGUUACUGUUGCCAAUCAGGCAGAAGAUAACCUGAGCUCUCAAUUCUGCUACGGAUGCAUGCGGUCUCGGCCUGAGGAGCUUUGUUAA